UUAGAAGUUCAAAUCUAACAUAAAUUUUAGUAUCUCCCACCCACUAAUCAACUGGGAAACAACAUCACACAAAUGUCGAAGAUGAGCUUCCUAGAAUUCCAAUAUAACCUCUCCAAAAGAAAGUUCUUGCGAAAGCCAUCCCAUUUGUUCUCCUUUCGGGACAGGCAAAGCUCAGGCUUAAAACUUGCUUUCGAGCCGAAUUUAGAUGAGAUGAAGCAAGUGUUUGAUAAGUUUGAUUCCAACAGAGAUGGGAAGAUUUCUCAGCAAGAGUACAAGGCCAUGUUGAGAGCUAUGGGAAAAGACCACAUGAUUGGAGAUGUGCCAAAUAUUUUCAAAGUGGUUGAUUUGGAUGGUGAUGGUUUUAUUAAUUUCAAAGAGUUCAUGGAUGUCCAAAAGAAAGGUGGUGGGGUUAGAACUUUGGACAUACAGGGUGCAUUUCGAACGUUUGAUUUGAAUGGUGAUGGGAAAAUAAGCCCAGAUGAAGUUUUAGCCAUGUUAAGGAAGCUUGGGGAGAGAUGCACCAUAGAGGACUGCAAGAGAAUGGUGAGAGCAGUGGACACUGAUGGAGAUGGUAUGGUUAACAUGGAUGAAUUCAUGACUAUGAUGACUCAGAACAUGCAGCAUGGUUAGAGGGGUCUAGCCGUGUGAGUAGAAGGGGCUUCUUUUGGUUAGAUUGGCUAGAUUCCAUUGUAAAAGAUUUGCCCAAAAAAAUCAAUGUGAAAGUAUUUUACUAAUGUAGU